AUGGUGUUGGAGGAUGGAAGGUUACUAGAGUCGGCUGAAGCAGUGCAUUUAGAGGCUGUCUCGUUUUAUCAGGGGCUCUUCAUGGGGUCUAAUGUCAGUUUUCAGGAACUGGAGUUGGCUUUGCUGUCCCCAGUUGUUACCGAUGCGGAGAAUGAUGCCUUGUGUAGGGUUCCGUCAAAAGAGGAGGUUUAUAGGGCUCUUCGGUCUAUUCCUAUGGAUAGUAGUCCUGGACCGGAUGGUUUUUCAGCUGCAUUUUUUUCUUUGGCUUGGGAUAUUGUGAAAGCUAAUCUUGUUGAUAUGGCAAAGGAAGUCUUUGAAGGUAACCCUUUUUCUAAGUUUUUUGGUGCGACAAAUUUGGUGUUGAUCCCUAAGGUGGAAGAACCUAUGGGCUUUGGUCAGUUUCAGCCUAUUAGUUUGUGUUCAGUGGUUUACAAAAUCAUGACAAAAAUUAUUUCUAAGGAACAGGUAGCGUUCAUCCCAGGUCGGAGUAUUUUUGAUAAUAUGGCCUUGGCACAAGAAUUAGUUCAAGGGAUGGGUAGGAAGGCUUUGAGGGGUGUACGACAAGGGGAUCCUCUCUCACCAUAUUUGUUUAUUUUCUCACAGGAGCUCCUUUCCUGCAUGUUGCAUCGGAAGUUCAGUCUUGGGCUUGUUAAGCCUUAUCAUCCUGGGGGAGGUACUCUUAUCACUCAUUCGCUAUAUGCGGAUGAUGUUUUAAUUUUUACCAAUGGUGGGAGAGUAUCUAUAAGAAGGCUCAUGGCAACUCUUCAUUGUUACGAGAAGAUUUCUGGACAAUCAAUUAGUCCAAGUAACUCUACCAUUUUCUUUCCUCCUCAUAUGUCUUUGGCUAGAAGAAAUUAUCUCAAAGGAAUUUCCGGUUUUGAAGAGGGCUCUUGGCUGUGUGUAUAUUUGGGUGUUCCGUUAUAUUUGGGAAGGCUGAAAAUAUCUUUAUUUGAUGGUAACUUGGCUAGAAUUCAGAAAAAACUUGCAGGGUGGAAGAGUAAGAUGCUAUCAUUUGGUGGUAAGAUUUUGCUUUUACGGCAUGUUUUAAAUAGCAUGCCUAUUCAUAUUUUGUCGGUUGUAAAAGUGCCCAAGGCAGUUUUUGGGAUUAUUAACAAGAUUUUUCAGAUUUUCUUUGGGGAUCUUCGCUGGGAAAUAAGAAACGUAAAUGGGUAG